GAAUGUUCCUUUCCCUUCCCCUGUACGCCCCCCACCCUCCCCUUCUCGGGGCAGGGGGCUGGGAAAUGUCACUCUCUGUGCUGAGGAGGCAUUCUGGAGGGGAGGGCUCCAAGGAAUGGGAUAGAGCCUUCUUUCAAGCCUUCCUGCGGAUUAUCCGCAGACGCCAACGCUGGGUUUUCCUCGCUUCAGUCGAGUCCCAGAGAGUUAUAUCUUCUGAAUACGGGACAACUUGGUGCUCCUUGACACAUUGGAGAAGCCGUUGAAAAUUGAGUGGAAACGAAAUCAAAGAAGCAGAUAAAGUUCACUUGCUGUUGUGGGCCUUGUGCCUCUCCUCCCCUGCCCAACAGAGACCAUGUACUGCCUUCAGUGGUUACUGCCUGUUCUGCUCAUCCCAAAGCCCCUCAACCCAGCUCUCUGGUUCAGUCACUCGAUGUUCAUGGGCUUCUACCUUCUGAGUUUCCUCCUGGAGCGGAAACCAUGCACGAUCUGUGCCUUGGUCUUCCUGGCAGCCUUGUUCCUUAUCUGUUACAGCUGUUGGGGGAACUGUUUCUUAUAUCACUGCACUGGCUCCCAUCUCCCUGACUCAGCUCACGAUCCCAGGAUAGUGGGAACUUAGGAUCCUCACGUGCUGCUAACUGAUUGGCUUUAAAGAUGAGAACCCAAGGGUAAAGGAUGUUCACAAUAUGAUUGAUCACAGGUUUCCUGCACAUCUGUGUAGACUAGAUUAGUACAUUCCUGAUUGGGCAUCCUUCACCUGUGAUGUGUCACUUCCAGUUUUUUAUGAUGUGAACAACAGCACCACCAGGUACUUUUGGUUUGAAGCCCAGCAGUGGUCAGUGGUUGUUGCUGUUUUUCUUCCCUGCCUUCAUUCCUACACCUCACUGACUGGAUGAUCACCUUUCCAUCUCAGAUCCUGCCAGGGGACCAGACCCAUCAUGGCCAGUCUAACUCUGUUGAUCCAGAGAUCUCUGCCCUGUGGCAGUAGCGUUCAUAUCUUGUUUUUACCUAGGUGAACUUUGUCCAGAGUGCAAUUAGUUUCCUCCUCUCCAACCUCUCAGCCUUAUAUUGCUCAUAGGGCCAGUUGAAUCAACACAGGUCUCAUAACUGUAGAAACUCCAACUUUUCACAGAAGCCUCUGGCAAACAGGAGCUCCAGCUUCCUGCUCAGUAGGCUAGAAUGAAAUGUAUUUUGGCAUUUCAAUGCUGUUCACAUUUAAUUCUCCUGUUUCUUUUUUUCUGAAAGAAACGAGAUCAUUCUUGGACUAGUUCCUGGAUAUCAGAACACCUCUCCUUCACAGUGCCACAUCCCUCCCCAAUUUCUAGAAUUUACAGGGUUCUCAUUUCUUAGGGGAAGUACUAUGAGCUAUAGGGUUUGUUUUUUAUUUUAAUCUAAUACUCAAUUCCUUUAAAUUUGCUGAUUCCCACACAACUGGGUUGUGCUUUCAAAAUGGUGAUGAGCAAUCAGUGGUUUUGGGUAGGAGAUUAUCUUGGUUUUUAUUAGCUGGGAAGGAUGUAUAUUGUGUAUCUGAAUUGGGAACUUAUCACUAGCACAGUUGUUAUCUCUACAAUGGCAGAGAUUGUUGAAGGACACAAGCCCUGGAACACAUCAGCCUGAAUGAAACAACUCAGGAGAAGUGAUAAGAAGUAGCCACUUUCGUGCCAUACUGGGACCCCUAGGCUUUGUCGCUUCAAAGAUUCCAUAGUACAAACAAAUAUCCAGAAAGGAAACUUUGUUUUUCUUAGUAUGUUUCCAGUCUGAUCCACUUACUCAUCUCCCCUUGGAUUGACUGAGGAGUGGGAGGUGACCUGGGCAGAGGACUGAACUUGGUGCUUGUCACUGGGGGAAUUGGACCUAACAGCAACAUUUUUGAAAUUUAAGGGCUGCUGGUUAAAAACAUUGUUUUAUUUUUGGUUGGCUCAAUUGCACAGCUGUUUAAGAUGUUUAAUAAAAGCUUUAUAAACUUUG